AUGACUCCCGAGAUCGAAUAUGUAGAAUCUGUGGACGAUAAAGUUGAACCAUCUUUCGAGAUUAUUGAAACAGUGAAUGAUGAGCCUGUCCUACCUGUAAAUAAUGAACUCGAAUCAUCUCUCAAGUCCAGUAAUGAAGAAGCUAACACUCGAGUGGAAACGUUAACUUCCACAUAUCCAGCCAGGAAGCAACGAGAGGCUCGUCUUCGUGAAAAAGCUAUCAAACUUGGCGAGGAUCUAGAGAAGUUUAUGAUUAUAACUGAGAAAGAUAAACUCGAUUCGAUAGUAUUUAAGGAUAAGAUGCAGACUAAUGCAAGGAUGUGUGAUUAUGCGAAGGAAGGUGAUGAAGACCCCAAAGAAUAUAUACUCAUGAAAGUAUGUGAUAGAUUAAUAGGAGAAGAAAUAAUUCGUCGUUAUGAUGAAGAACACGGAAUUGCCUCAUCAUGGCUCGAUACCGACGAGGAAUGGAAAAAAACUAUUAACAUACUCCAAGAAAAUGGUAUGUUAUGUUAUAAAUACGUUGAAGAUCUUUCGCAUUAUUUAGAAGAUAUUCUUCUGAUAGAUACUGACGAAUAUGGUACAAUUCAUCCCUUAGCUGAUUUUUAUCAUUCGGCUUUGAUCCUACCCCUUUCUACUUUGGCGGUAAGAAGAGAUCUAUACAGAAGAUAUCUGAUUUCUGUAGGUACUGUCGUGAAAGGAGGAAUGAGUCUACUCACUAAAGAAAAAAAUGGAAAAACAUCUUUAGAAAACUUGAUCGGAAUGGAUUAUUCCAGCUUAUUUGCAUUAUUAGAAAUGCGCUGGGAAGAUAAUGAAAUACGGGGAUGGAGGGAUAAUAUACUUGCAAGAUUUCUUCAUCACCCGAAUUUAAUCCUGUCAAAAUAUAGACUGAAUGCCUUAUACGAUGCAUUCAGUAAAGUUGGCGUUCUAAGUCCAGAACAUAUACUCGUUAUAGCUCGAACACUGCGAUAA